AUGGAGGGGUUUGAGAGCAUAGAUUUGGCAAAUUGUCUAAUGCUUCUCUCUUGCCCCCAACAAAGGAUAUCACGACAGAAACAUUUGGAGGGUGUGGAAUUUGAGUGCAAGACAUGCAACCGAAAGUUCUCGUCCUUUCAGGCAUUGGGUGGGCAUAGGGCUAGCCACAAAAGGUCCAAACUUGAGGGGGAUGAACUCAAAGCACAUGCUAUAUCCCUGAGAUUGGGAAUCGAUAAACCCAAAAUGCACGAGUGUUCCAUUUGUGGACAAGAAUUCUCAUUGGGUCAGGCACUUGGAGGCCACAUGAGAAGACAUAGAGCUUCCAUUAACGAAGACUCUUCUUCAAUUAAACAGGUUGUUGCACAAGUACCAGUUUUGAAAAGAUCAAAUAGCCUGAGGGGUAUGUGCAUGGACUUGAACCUAACACCGUUAGAGAAUGACUUGAAGUUAUUGUUUGGAAACAUGGCACCCAAUGCUGGUGCCCUAGUUGAAUAUUGUGCAGUUUUGGUGUACAACUAUUGGGCUUCAAAGCCCACAAAUAUGCUAAUCCCAAUGCCUCUUCAUGCACCUGAAUAA